CCCAAUUUCAGACUGAUUGAUUCACUUCUGCCGUCUGAUUUCUCGUUGUCUACCAUUCUCAUUACUUUUGUGGAAAUUCUUUUUUUCUUGAGUUUUGCUUCUUUUCAUAGGUACUCAAUGUAGCAGAGAGAACGCCUGCUAUUUUAUUUUAUUCUAUUUUUGUUGAAAGGGUUGCCAACUGUUAAUCCGUUACGACUAUUGCCGACACUUUAUCUCAGGGCCCCUCUAAUUCGUACAGUAUCUGUGCACCAGAUCUUCUGUAUACCUACCUACCUACCUAAGGUAGGUACCUGACUACCUCUAGGUAGUGUGGUCGUGUCUCGCAUCUGCCCUGUACCUACCUACCUAGGUACCUACUCAGCUUUGUCUCGCGUUCACAAUGGCAAGAACAAGAACAGGGAAAUCGACGACGGCAAAGGAAAAGUCCUCGGCAUCAACAGCAGUGUCAUCUUCCUUGUCCAGAUACACAAUCCCGACUUCUUCAGAGACGCCGUCCAGAUUAUUCAUAAUACCAAAAGAUGCGACUACAGAUGCUAGGAUAGUAGCACUACCGAACCCUCGAUAUGCGAAACCUACCCGUUAUCUCGUCUGUCCCGAAACGGGCAUCUACGAGUUUACCAGGAUCGCAGCCCCAAAGUCCUCCGCCCGAAGCUGGCUGAUAAUGCAAGGGGACGCCAGCAGCACUGUUCUAGACGGCGAGCAUGGCAAGCCGCGCAAAGCAUGUCUCCAAGCAGAGGUCAGCAAGGGCGCCGAGCUGUUUGUCGCAACCAAGAUCGAUCCCGUCUUUCUUGUCUUGCCGGCCCUUGCCUUGCAGUCAAAGACGACCGACGCAGACAAGCGCAUGUUCCUCACCAGUGAGGAUCACAUAGACGCGCUGCCUGAAGAAGGAACCAACCUAUCGGAAAUCUUGCGGUGGAAGGGUAUCAGAGAAUUAUUGGAGAGUCGUAUGGCAUGCGUUUGCGAUACUGUGGAGGCUGGCGAUGAGACCAUGUUCCGCUUGAGCGAGACGAAGCUCCUCGAGAUGGUUCUUCGCAAGGCCAAGCGCAUGGCUUUGCCUAAGAGCAUGCACGACAAGUUCGUCAAGAAGGCGCUCGAGGCACCAGUACUGGGUCAGAAAAGCUUAGCGCCCAAGGGUGCUGCUGCGCCAGCGGAGGCGGCUCAGGAAGACUCUGAUGGGGCCUCGACACCACAAACCGAGUCCAACGACUCCCAAUCCUCGGUCGCUACUGCAGGCAGCACAGUAUCACAAACCUCCACCGUUGCGACCUCAACAGCCGAGGAUGACGCAGAUGCGGCUGCCCCCGAACAGGUGGUCGCCGCCAUCGAGGCAUCAGACAAGGUCAUCAAGUUGCAAGAGCUGAGGGUGGCUUUCAACUUUAUAUGCUCUAGCUACCUCCCCCCGGCAAUCACAACAGUAAUCAAGGACCUGCUCUCGGCAAAAUCCGGCACCUUUUCUCAAUUUGUCGACUUCAAGCCCCUUGACGAUUACCUUUCUCGCCUCACAAAGCUUCGACAAGAGGCUUUGCUCACCAGGUCUGCCUCGGACUUUUCGCGAAAGCGCGCUCUGGAUGAGGAGCAGGAGGAGCGCAACGAGAAGAGGAGAAAGAUGGAAGAGGAGGACAAGCGGAAGAAGAUGAACGAAAGUAGGGGAGUCAAGCAGUUGAAGAAGGUCAAUGUCAGCGGCAUGAAGAAGCUGAGCGAGUUCUUCAAGAAAAAAUAAGGGGAAUUGGCAAGGCAUUUAGCGCCAAGUUCGAAAGGGCGUCGUCCAUGGACGCAAUUGGCUAGCUUGGGUUGGGUAACCUGGCGUUCUUGGUGUCGCGUUGGACUGGGUAUAACAAGGGGUUUUUUGUGCAUUGGUCCUCACUUGUAUAGUGAAUGACUAUAUGGACAGCAACGGAUGGGUUGAUUUGGGUAUAUAUCGGUCCUGCUCGAUGAGAAUAAAAUUCUUGUGUAAAUCAUCGCACACCCCGACCCCUUGUUGUGCUUCCGCGAGUGCC